UUCCUUAAAUAGAGUUGGUAUGCAGAACAAUGAGAGCAUUAUCAAACACUAGGAGAAAAAAAUGAAACCCAAAACCCAAAAUCCCCUCAACCUUAAGCUCAUCAUCUUUGGUUUCUUCCUUGCCUUCCUUCUCAUCCUCUUCAUACUAAGGUCAAACUUCUCAUCAUCAUCAUCAUCCAAGCCAUUAACCAACAAGGAAGAAGAAGCCCAAUAUCCCACAAGUUCUUGCCCACCUGAUCAUCAGUUAUCCACAUCAAGUUGCACCAAAAUCCCAUCCUCCCUAGUUCAAGCUCUCCUCCACUACACAACAUCAAACAUCACUCCACAGCAAACCAUCAAAGAGAUCUCAGUUACAUCCCAAGUACUAGAGAGGAAGUCCCCUUGCAACUUCCUAGUCUUUGGCCUAGGCCAUGACAGCUUCAUGUGGAGUUCACUAAACCAUGGUGGAAGAACAGUUUUUCUUGAGGAAGAUAGAUCUUGGAUCCAGCAAAUCAAACAGAGAUUCACAACCUUAGAAUCUUACCAUGUCUACUACGAUAGCCGGGUUCGAGAUGCCGAUGAUCUCAUGGAGAUUGGCAAGGGAGAGGAAUGCAAAGUAGUGGGGGAUGCAAGGCAUUCUAAGUGUCAACUAUCACUUAAAGGGUUGCCUGCUAAGAUUUAUGAAAUAGAAUGGGAUUUGAUAAUGGUGGAUGCACCAACUGGUUAUUUUGAAGAUGCACCAGGGAGGAUGAGUGCCAUUUAUACCGCUGGAUUGAUGGCGAGGAAUAGGAAGGAUGGAGAGACUGAUGUGUUUGUUCAUGAUGUGAACAGGGUGGUAGAGGACCAGUUCUCUAAGGCCUUUUUGUGUGAAGGGUACAUGAGGGAACAAGAAGGUAGGCUAAGGCACUUCACCAUUCCAAGUCAUAGAGCUAGUGGGGAUAGGCCCUUUUGUCCUGAAAGUUGAGAGAAUUACUAUAUUUUGAUGCAUGAGAGUACUUGAUCUAUCUUUCUGCCAUUUGAGAGUAUUCUUUGUUCUGGUUUAUUUUGUUUUUUCAGAUUUUUUUUUUUUUUGGAAUAAUUAUAUUCAUGAAAUGGAAUUUUAAGGA